AAUCCCCAAAUUGUUCGUGCUAAAAUCUCUCUGUUGUUUGAAUUAGGGGUAAGACAAACAAAUAGUGAGCAAUUCAUAUCACAUACAAGAAACGUUCUCUUCUGUGUACUCCACACUUUCCAACAAUUUCCAAAUUUCUCGAAAAUAUCAGUCUUCCAACGCUUUUCGGUGAAUUCUUUUUCGACAACGUCACGAUCCAAUUCUUUUGAUCACACGAACACAACCCAAAAUUCAUCUGCUGCUAGUUGUAGUUGUUACCAUUGAUUGAUUUCAUUGUGUAUUUUCUAGUGUUCGAAUGUGUAUAUAUGAUUAGCUUUUUAUGAUGAUUGUUCGUCGAUUUGCUCAUAUUUGUAAAUCUGCUUGAUGUAAUUAAUGUCUUGAUCUGCAAAUAUCACUGUGAAGUUUGAGUCGCGCUUUCCAGCUAUUGAUUUGGAAAUAUGGCGGGGUCGAAUAUGGAUCUAUUUGAUGUUUACUUCAGAAGAGCGGAUUUGGAUCAGGAUGGCAGGAUCAGUGGGGCUGAAGCUGUUUCUUUCUUUCAAGGAUCCAGCUUACCCAAAAACGUACUUGCUCAGAUAUGGAUGCAUGCUGAUCAGAGCCGUAGUGGUUUCCUUGGUCGUGCUGAAUUUUAUAAUGCUCUUAAACUUGUAACUGUCGCACAAAGUAAGCGAGAUCUAACACCAGAUAUUGUGAAGGCGGCGUUAUAUGGUCCUGCUUCAGCUAAAAUUCCUGCUCCGCAGAUUAAUUUAGCACUUGCUCCUGCACCUCAGUUGAAUCCAAUGGCUGCUGCAUCUGCGAUUCAGAUGGGUGCAGUUGCACCAACAGCAUCCCAAAAUCAUGGCUUUGGAGGACAAGUACCUCCAAAUGCAAAUAUGAACCCACAAAUUUUCUCAUCUCAAGGAAAUCAUUCAGCGAGGCCGCCUCUUCCCACGGCUACUGGUACUGCUUCGCGUCCAGCACAGGGUGCUGCAGGCCCUGCUUUUCCCACUGGAGGUAGUAAUGUGGGUCUUGGUCUUCCGAACUCAAACAUCUCAAGCGAUUGGCUUGGUGGAAGGACUGGUGGAACUCCAACGGGAGCAACAUCACAAGUCCCUAAUAAAGGAAUUAGUCAGUCAAUGGCCUCAGUUGUAUCCAAACCACAGGAUCUAAUUUCAACACCUUCCUUAACAGCAGUUAAAGAUUUCAAAGCAUCAGUUGGAUCUGGAAAUGGGUUUGCUUCUGACCAAAUAUUUGGAGGCGAUGUGUUUUCUGCCACCCCAUCUGUAACUAUGCAUGGUUCUUCUGGACAAACUUAUUCGGUCAACAGUGCACCUGCCUCGUCAGCCGUUGCUCCGGUAUCUACUGGGUCCCAUUCUUCAGCUAAGCCUGAUCCAUUGGAGUCAUUACAGAGUAAUUUUAUGAGGCAGUCUAGAGGAGGUCAGCUUCAGCAGACUCAGACACAGUUGAAACCAAACCAACAGGUUGUAUCUCAACAUACAUCCUCGCUUGCAUCAGCUGGAAUUUCAGUUGAGGUUGGAAAGUCUGCUUCUGAACAGUCCCAGAUUCCAUGGCCAAGAAUGACACCGGCAGGUGUUCAGAAAUAUACGAAAGUGUUUGUGGAAGUAGAUAGUGACAGGGAUGGAAAAAUUACUGGUAACGAGGCGCGUAACUUAUUCUUGAGUUGGAGACUGCCGAGAGAGGUGUUAAAGCAGGUUUGGGACUUAUCAGAUCAAGAUAAUGAUAGCAUGCUUUCUUUGAGGGAGUUUUGCAUUGCUCUUUAUCUAAUGGAGCGGUACAGGGAAGGCCGUUCUCUUCCACCUACGCUUCCAAGUAAUGUUUUGCUCGAUGAGACUUUGUUGUCCUUGACUGGUCAGGUCAAUGCUUCAUAUGGACCCACAGCUUGGGGACCCACUGCUGGUUUGAGGCCUCAGCAAGGGAUCCAUGGUGCCCAGCCAGCGACACCUGCAUCUGGUUUGAGGCCUUCAAUGCCGAUAACAUUUCCUCAGGCUGAUGCAACAAUGCAGUUUAAUCACCAGAAGGCAAGAAUGCCAUCAACGGAGAAUUCUCAUCUGAAUCAACUCAGGGAUGGGGAGCAAAAUUCACUGAAUUUGAAUUCUGAAGAGCCUGCAGAAGCACAGAAGAAUGUUGAAAAUAAGGAAAAGGUUCUUCUAGAUUCUAAAGAGAAGCUUGAGUUCUACAGGACAAAAAUGCAGGACCUUGUUCUGUACAAAAGCAGGUGUGAUAAUCGACUUAAUGAGAUCACGGAAAGGGCGUUAGCAGAUAAGCGUGAGGCAGAGUCUCUCGCUAAGAAAUAUGAAGAAAAGUAUAAGCAAGUAGCUGAAAUUGCCUCUAAAUUGUCCAUUGAAGAGGCCACAUUUCGGGAUCUUCAGGGGAGGAAGACGGAGUUGCAUCAGGCAAUCAUUAACAUGGAACAAGGUGGCAGUGCAGAUGGUAUCCUUCAGGUUCGUGCUGAUCGUAUACAGUCAGAUCUUGAGGAGCUAAUGAGGGCUUUAACUGAACGUUGCAAGAAAAAUGGAAUACAUGUCAAGUCAGCUGCACUAUUUGAACUUCCCAUUGGCUGGCAACCUGGAGUCCCGGAGGUAGCUGCUGUUUGGGAUGAAGAUUGGGAUAAGUUUGAAGACGAAGGAUUUUCUUUUGAUGUUGGUAUGCCUCCAAAAACCAAAUCCACGUCUGUUUGGAAUGAAAAUUCUUCUCCAAUUGAUAGUCUAUCCCCUGAUUCAUUGUCACAUGCUGAUGACAAAUCGGAGAAACUUUUUGCUAAAGGGGAACCUGCCCUUGAGAGUGAAGAUGAAUUGGCAAAAAGCCCACCUGGCAGUCCAGUGAGACAAGCGGCAUUUGAGAUCCCAUCUCAGGAAUAUUCUGAAAACCAUUUCAGAAAGAGCCCUGAAGCAGAUACAGAAACCCAUAGGAGUUUUGAUGAACCGAGUUGGGGUACCUUUGACAACAACGAUGACAUAGAUUCAGUGUGGGGCUUUAAUGGUGUUGGCACUAGAAACUCGGAUCACGAGAAGCAUGGAGAGAAGUAUUUCUUUACAUCUGGUGACUUGGACAUAAAUCCAAUAAAAACCGAAUCUCCCAAUGCAGAUGGCACGUUUGAGCGGAAAAGCCCGUUUACCUUUGAGGAUUCUGUUCCUAGUACUCCAUUUUCCAGGGCUGGUAACUCUCCACCGAGGUACAGUGUGGGAUCGGUGGACCCAUUCUUUGACAAUAGCUCAAGGUUUGAUUCCUUCAGCAUGAAUGACCAUGGAUUUUCUCCUCGACGAGAUACCCUCACAAGGUUUGACUCCAUAGACAGCAGCAGAGGCUUCGACCAUAGUCGAGGGUUCUCUUCUUUUGAUGACGCGGACCCAUUUGGCUCAAAUGGUCCUUUUAAGGUCUCAACAGAGAGUCAAACAGCAAAAAAAGGUUCUGAUAAUUGGAGCUCUUUCUAGCUGGGUAAUUCAUACUCUUCACUACAAUUGUCGAUUUUCUUCGUAUGGAUGUGGUGGCAUUUUCUCCAUGUGUUAUAUAGUCUGUAAAAGGAGUUCCACAAAAACAGGCAGCGUUGAUUGAUGUCUUGUUGGUACUGGUCCUGCUGUGUUAUAUAUUAUCCCUGGAUUUCCAAAUGAAAAACAAAGUUCAUGUUUCUCCUUUACAGUACGACUACCCUCUCUCUCUACCCCGAACACCACCAGGGAAAAAAGAACAGAAGAAAAGAAAGAAUUCCUGUAUGAGCUGCAGCCCUCGUGUAUUCUUCUUAUCAUGUAUUUCUUUUGUAACUGUGGCUUGAUACCUGUAUUUGUAUUGUGGUUUGUCACUCUCAAGUUUAGAACUCCAUAUAUUUUUUAUUCAUCGUUUUCCUCCGUGAGGAAUAAGAAGACUUGUGAAAGAGCUUCUUUAGACUUGUUAUUUGUUAAUAACACGAGAAAGUUUAAAGAUUGAUUGAUACA